CAAGGAUCUGUACAAGGACGUCUUAAUGGAGGACCACCAGCCCCUCACAUCACCAGGAAGACCCAGUAAAAGAAGAACACCAGAGAGAUGUCCCAGUCCUCUUCAUCCACAGGAACAUCAGCUUUUAAAUCUGGAUAAAGAUCUGAGCAAUAAUAAUUCUACAGAGACAUAUGUGAGAUGUGAUAACCAAUGUAAGAAGGAAAUUCCUACAGAUAACCACCCACGUGACUGUACCUUAAGCUCAGAGGGACAUCUGAUCUCUUCAGCUUUUAAAACAAAUGGUCAUGGUCUCACGCAAGACACAUAUGAAGAGCAUGCCACUAUCUCGGAUAUACCCUCAGCUCUUCACAGCCAAGGUUGCUCGUCUGAUCCAUUUAAACAUCUUCUAUCUUCUGAUUCAUCACAGACUGUAAAGCAGAAUAAAAGUCACAGAAGGGAUGUUAAACAUCAAAGAACGUACACAGGGAAGAAGACCAUUUCAUGUUUAGAAUGUGGGAAAUGUUUUACUUGGAAAUCACAACUUGUUGAACAUCAACGAACUCACACAGGGGAGACACCAUUUUCAUGCCAAGAAUGUGGGAAAUGCUUCAUGAGAAAAUCACAUCUUGCUGAACAUCAGACAAUACACAAGGGGCAGAGGCCAUUUUCAUGCCAAGAAUGUGGGAAAUGCUUCAUAAGAAAAGCACAUCUUGAUAAACAUCAGAGAAUUCACACAGGGGUGAAGCCAUUUUCAUGUUCAGAAUGUGGAAAAUGUUUUACUUGGAGAUCAAAACUUGUUGACCAUCAACGAACUCACACAGGAGAUACACCAUUCUCCUGUCCUGAAUGUGGGAAAUGUUUUACUUGGAAAUCACAACUUAUUGCACAUCAACGAACUCACACAGGGGAGACACCAUUUUCAUGCCAAGAAUGUGGGAAAAGCUUCAUGAGAAAAUCGCAUCUUGUCGAGCAUCAGACAAUACACACAGGGCAGAGGCCAUUUUCAUGCCAAGAAUGUGGGAAAACCUUCAUAAGAAAAGCACAUCUUGCUAAACAUCAGAGAAUUCACACAGGAGUGAAGCCAUUUUCAUGUUCCGAAUGUGGGAAAUGUUUUACUUGGAAGUCACAUUGUGUUGAACAUCAACGAACCCACACAGGGGAGACACCAUUUUCAUGUUCAGAAUGUGGGAAAUGUUUUACUUGGAAAUCACAACUUAUUAAACAUCAACGAAUUCACACAGGGGAGACGCCGUUUUCAUGUCCAGAAUGUGGAAAAUGUUUUUCACACAAAACAACACUUGUUGUACAUCAAAAAAUUCACACAGAAGAAAAGCAAUUUUCAUGUUCAGAAUGUGGGAAAUGUUUUGUACAGAAGAAAACCCUUGUUGCACAUCGACGAAUUCACACAGGCGAUAAGCCAUUUUCAUGUUCAGAAUGUGGGAAAUGUUUUACUUGGAAACCACAACUUGUUAAACAUCAACAAACUCAUACAGGGGAAAAUGUUAAGAUUGUGGGAAAUGUUGAUUAAGAAAAACAAAUCUUGUUGAACAUCUGUAAAUUCACACCAUUAUGAUGUAGAAAAUAUUACAUUUUUAAAUCAGAAAUUGUUGAAUAUUAAUUAACUCGAACACGAGAGAAGCCAUUUUCAUGCUAAGAAUGUGGGAAAUUUUAUGGCAAUAGAUCAAAGGUUCUUAGACACCAAAGAACUCGCAGAAGGAGAAUUUUCAUGCCAAGUGGGGAAUGUUUUAACUAUAAUUCAGUUCAUGUUCGGCAUCAGAAUUUACACAGGCACGAAGCCAUUUUCAUGGACUGUAUGUGGAAAAUGUUUACCCAAAAGUCUAAUCUAAUUUCCCAUCAUCAAAUUCACAUUGGAAAAAACUGUUCUUGUCCAGAAUGUAGGAAAUGUUUAACCAACAAAUCAUCAAAACCUCCACACAAGAUAGUAGUCAUUUUUACCCCUUCUCUGACCUUGACAUAACUGUAUAAGGGGGUAAGGGUUAACUUCCUAUAUGCUACUUAGUGAUGGUGGCCACAGCAGUUGUGUUUGUGCCAUAAGCACAAUAUAUAGCCAGGCUUUUGCUGCAAUGGCCAGGAUUUUAGCAAGCUCCUUUCCUGGAUAUUUAACUCAUUUAGAUACCACAGUCUCAAUAGUAAACACUGUAUAAAAGCAGGUAAGCAUAUGGAGGCAGCUCCCUCUGAAACUCCAUCAUAUAUUUCCC